CAGAUGGAGAGAGCGCGCAGGGGAGACCCCUCGCAGGCCCCCGAAUCCUGCAGUGAAUCUCCUAACGGUUGGUGAGGUCGGGGCGGAGGCUGUUAGGGCCCGGAGGCCGGAGGAUGCGAGCUGCCCCGCCCGGGGCCCGUGGCCGAUCCACCCCGGAGUCGGGGGACGGGAGGCUCCCUGCAGGCGGGGGGUCCGCUCUGGGACACUUGCUGCAGAAAAGGGAAGCCCCUCUGGCCCCCUCCCCCGCAGUAAAGUGAGCUGGGCCUUGCCGCUUGUUCCCUGCUCUUGCACCGGGCCCAGGGGUGGGCAGCCGGUACCCCCACGGGGGGCGAAAGCUCAGGAUGAAUUUAGGUCAGCCUGGGCCUUCUUCUGUUAACUGCCCCACACCCGGGAGGACCAGGCGUAGAGCCGGAACCUCCGGGGACCUCGGGCCCCGGGUCGGCUCGGUGGAGGGCACGCUCCCUUGUGCCUCUGGCCGGAGCCUCGGGCCAGGAGGUGGGACUCUCAAACUCUUAUUUUCCUCUUGGCCCCGGUGCAUCUGCCCUCCUCACUGCCCAUUGGCUUGUGUGGCAUCAUUUCCCAUCUGCCCCCCCCCCCCCCCCUCCGGAGCCCUGGGGUAGGGGGGAGGGGUUUGGAAAGCCUGAACAAACGUUAGCAGCUGUUGCCUCCCAGCCCCUUCCCUCCAUGAGGCAGAGCUGGGCUCCCCCGAGCGCCCCGUCCCCCCCGCCCACAGAGAGGCAUAAACUGGGGGUGAGAACUGGGGCGAGGAGGUCCCCGGUAAUGGACUUGGAAAGUUAGAGGCCCCGGGAACCCCAGCCGGCAGCUCGAGGGGGAGCGGGGGGACCCGCCGGGGCGGCUUCUGCCGGGUGGCUUGGCCUUUUUCGGACGGUGGGGCAGGGCAGGGAGGGGAGCGGGGCCUGGUGCCCGUCCCACCCACCGCAUACCUUUCCUUUCCCUUCCAGCAGCUGGGAGCCUAUUUAUAGUUGUCCGGCCGGCCGGCCUGCCCGCACGCGGUCGGCUCGGAAGGGCUCUAGAGGAGAUAACGUCUCCCGCGGGCCCCCCGCGCCCGCUCAGUAAGGGGUCCGAAGGGGAAAGUGACAUCACCGCGCCCGGCUCCCCCCCUUCCGCGGGAGUCGGUCCGGCAGAGGGACCCGGAGCAGGGACGGCGGAGGGGUGUGUGGAGCCGGGGAGAUUCUCCGUUAAUCUCCCGGCGGUGGGGCGGGGGCGAAGGGAGGAUGAGUGUCAGUUCGAGCAGUGACAGUUCCCAGGCCCCAUGUGGCCGGGAGGAGGGGUCCCCGCUGCCCCCCACCCCCCCGACGCCAGUGCUACCCCCUGUGGUGCUGGAAGGACUCCUGGGUUCUGACGAUGAGGAGCAAGAGGAUCCCACCGAUUACUGCCGAGGUGGUUAUUACCCGGUGAAGAUCGGCGAUCUCUUCAAUGGGCGGUACCAUGUGGUGAGGAAGCUGGGGUGGGGCCACUUCUCCACAGUGUGGCUCUGCUGGGAUAUACAGCGGAAGCGCUUCGUGGCGCUGAAGGUGGUGAAGAGCGCGGUGCACUACACCGAGACGGCCGUCGACGAGAUCAAGCUGCUGAAAUGCGUGCGCGACAGUGACCCCAGCGACCCUCAGCGGGAGAACAUUGUUCAGCUCAUAGACGACUUCAAGAUCUCAGGGGUCAACGGUGUCCAUGUCUGCAUGGUCCUGGAAGUACUGGGCCAUCAGCUCCUCAAGUGGAUCAUCAAAUCCAACUACCAGGGCCUGCCCAUUCCCUGUGUGAAGAGUAUCUUGCGACAGGUGCUGCAGGGCCUGGAUUACCUACACAGCAAGUGCAAGAUCAUCCAUACCGACAUCAAGCCCGAGAACAUCCUCAUGUGCGUGGACGACGCCUACAUCCGGCGCCUGGCAGCCGAGGCCACGGUGUGGCAGCAGUCGGGGGCGCCACCACCCUCUGGCUCCACAGUCAGCUCUGCCCCCCAGGAGAUCAUGAACGGGAAACUGUCCAAAAACAAGAAGAAGAAGCUGAAGAGGAAGCAGAAGCGACAGAACCGGCUGCUGGAAGAGCGACUCCGUGAUAUUCAGCGGCUGGAGGAUAUCGGGACCGAGCGCUGUCCUGGGGUCCGGCUCUGCCACCCCGCCGGGCCGGGCGCCGGACAAGACCCUGACUCUGACGCUCCCCCGGGGGAAUACGUCAAUUCCCAGUUCCAGACUGGAGAGCAGGGGAGCUGGGGGUCCGGCGAGCACAACGAGGCCUCCAACGGGAGUCUGGCCUGCAGCCCCCAGAGCCUCACAUCCUCCUCGGGCUGCCAUCCCUGCGGCAGCUGCAACGGGCACUCCACGGCCUCCUCCUCCUCCCAGCGCCGCUUCAGCCCCGACUCUCAGACCUCAGGCUUCUCGGGCUCCCUCUUCUCGCCCACCUCUGGUUCUGCCCUCUCUGGCUAUUCCAACCAGAGGGAGCACGGUGGCCUUCUCUCCCCCGGCAGACCGUUUAGUGCCACAAACUUCCUGGUGAACCCCCUGGAACCUCAGAAUGCAGACAAGAUCAAGAUCAAGAUUGCAGAUCUCGGCAAUGCCUGCUGGGUGCACAAGCACUUCACGGAGGACAUCCAGACGCGGCAGUACCGGGCUGUUGAGGUACUGAUUGGGGCCAGUUACGGCCCCCCCGCCGACAUCUGGAGCACCGCCUGCAUGGCUUUUGAACUGGCCACAGGCGACUACUUGUUUGAGCCACACUCUGGAGAGGACUACACUCGGGAUGAAGACCACAUCGCCCACGUGGUAGAGCUGUUGGGAGACAUCCCCCCGCAUUUUGCGCUCUCCGGUCGCUACUCCCGGGAAUACUUCAACCGCAGAGGGGAGCUCAGACACAUCAAGAACCUGAAGCACUGGGGCCUGUACGAGGUGCUGCUGGAGAAGUACGAGUGGCCCCUGGAGCAGGCCACGCAGUUCACGGACUUCCUGCUGCCCAUGAUGGAGUACGUGCCGGAGAAACGGGCCAGCGCCGCCGCCUGCCUCCGCCACCCCUGGCUCAACUCCUAGGCCGCAGCCGAGGCGGAGCACGGGCCCACCCGAGCCGCCAGCGGCCUCCGGCGGGGCAGGGGCCGGGCCGGGGCCUCCAGCGGUUUUCCUUGCCAGGCAGCCGGGGUGGCGGCAGGCGCCGGUCUUGAAAUGCUGUGGGUUUGCGGCAGUGCGAGGCCCACCCUGCCUCAGCGUCUGUUAGCUCUGCCGGGGACCAGCCUGGCCCUGCGCCUCCCCCCGCAGGCUUUCUCUGCAGGGCCGCUCCCAGCGUUGUCCAUCAGUGCCUGGGCUGCUGGUGGGGGGUGGCCGCGGGCCCCUGCCGAGCCUUCAUCCUCUCCCCUCUCUGCCCAUCAGGGCACGGAGGGAGCAGUCGUGUGUGUGCGUGCGUGUGUGUGUGUAUGACAGCAGCCUGGGUUGUCCCAGGAGUCAGGUCGUCCCAAGACCUCAAGGCCUGGGUCUGUUUCCGGGUUUGCCCAGGUCACUGUUUUCCAGAUAGGCCGUACCGGGCCUGUGUCUCGCCCCCGACCCCCAGCGGGCAACUCCGGGCAGCUUCCCUCCGCGGGCGAGGAAGCAGUAAGUGUGGCUUUUCUUAAUAAAGUGUUGGAUGAAUCCUA